ACUAUUAAUGUAUGAGAUUCAGUGUGUGAUUUAAACUUUAGUAAUAUUUCUUUUAUGAAUGAUGAUAUCCUUACAUUUCCAUCACAGAUGUUCAUUAUUGAGAGGUUGUAGUGGUGGAUUUUUCUUUCGCCUCCUCCUACAACCUGUGUAUGCAUCGAUGGAGUUUCCUCUGUUCACUUGUGGUUAUAAAGGAGAGACCAACACCUACAUGGAGGCAGAUGUUAACCUCGCUACAUUUAUUCCCAUUUCCAUCCCACUUGAUCUAUCACAAUACCUCCAUAUCCUUUUUGACAGAAAACCAACUCUACUAUGGAAGUUCGACCUAGUGACUUGGAGAAACUAUCAAUAUUUGCUGACCUUAUACUUUGCCAUUGAAGAGAUAAAUAAGGACUCAAACCUGCUUCCCAAUAUUACCUUGGGUUCCCACAUCUACAAUAUAACUGUAAUUAUGGCUUUUAGAGUCCUGAAACCAGGAAGAACAAUGAGAAGGUUGUUUGUCUCAGGCGUCUAUAAUACUGUCAUUCCCAUCUGUGUCCUGAUCCAACUUAUUCUCUCUGCAGUCUGGCUGGGAACCUCACCUCCUUAUAUUGACACAGAUGAACACUCUGAACAUGCUCAUGUCAUCAUUUUAUGCAACAAGGGCUCAGUCACUGCUUUCUACUGUGUGCUGGCUUACUUAGGGACCCUGGCCUUAGGCAGCUUCACUGUGGCUUUCCUGGUAAGGAACCUGCCUGACACAUUCAAUGAGGCCAAGUUCCUGACAUUCAGCAUGCUGGUCUUCCUCAGUGUCUGGGUCAUCUUCAUCCCUGUCUACCAGAGCACCAAGGGCAAAACCGUCGUGGCUGUGGAGGUCUUCUCCAUAUUGGCCUCUAGUACAGGGCUGCUGGGGUGCAUCUUUUUCCCAAAGUGCUACAUUAUUCUCUUAAGACCUGAUAAAAACUCUUUGAGAUGUAUUAAAAACAAAAAAUAGCAUAUAAAAAUGAUCAUUUUGAUGUAUUAGUUUUCUUUUUUCUAAUAAAACCCAUUUGUAUACUAAAAUUAAAUUAUUUACCUUUUAAGUAACUUUUUUCUUAAAUGUAUAUUUAAACAAACAUAAGAG